AUGCCCUGUCCCGGGAGGAGGGCAGAGGCUGGUGUGAGUGACCGGUGCUCCAGUGAGCUCAGGAGCCGAAGUGCGGACUCGUCGGAAACCUUCCCGAACUGCCUGAGCGGAGCAGCUGAGAGGCAGAAGGGGAGGGAGGCACUCACACUCUCUCUCUCUCUCACACAAAUACAUAGAUCCGCUGCGAGCAGAGGCAGAGGAGGAGAGGAGACAGAGAGGGCUGUAGCAAGGAAAACAGUCUCCACGACUCUGCAGCUUCUGACAAGGCCGCCUCGCAAACAGGAUGUUAAUGCUCGACGGUAUGCCUGCAGUCAGAGUCAAAUCCGAGCCCCUGGAAUCGGAACAAGGGUCACCAAAAAAGACCUCUUGGCACACGAGCUGCACUUCCACACUCAGACUGAGCCGGUGGAUCUGUCCAUAAACAAACCUCGUCCAUCUUCUUCCACCUCGUCCUCCUCGCCCCUCAGGUCGGCCUUCUCUCCCUCCUCCUCCUCCCUGUCAGUCAUCACCUCUGCCUCCUCUGUGCUCUCCCCGGGCCCGCUGGUCGCCCCUGGGUCUGGCGUCAGAGGUCAGCCGUAUUUGCACAUACUGCACUCUGUGCCGCCGCCUCCGUCCAGCCCUCUCAGCCUGCAGGGAGCAGGGAAGCUGGCCAGCCAUGUUCACCGCAUCCCGGUUGUGGUCCAGUCGCUACCCCUCAUGUACACCACUGCUGUUCGAUCACCCUCCAGCCUCAACAAUGCCAUCAUGCUACCUCUGCUCGAUGAGGCCAAAAGCAAGGGCAAAGGACACAUGGAACUUAACGGGCUGUCGCCACGGCACAUCAAGAGUGAUAGUGAAGAUGACGACCUGCCAAACGUGACCUUGGACAGUGUUAAUGAGACAGGCUCCACUGCUCUUUCUAUAGCCCGCGCAGUGCAAGACUCAAUUUCACCGUUCAGUAUUGAAAGCAUACGUCGUCCCCGGAGAUCAGAGUCUCCAGAUUCCAAAAAGCGGAGGAUCCACAGAUGUGACUUUGACGGUUGCAAUAAAGUGUACACAAAAAGCUCUCACCUAAAAGCCCACCGGAGGACACACACAGGGGAAAAGCCAUACAAAUGCACCUGGGACGGCUGCACAUGGAAGUUUGCGCGGUCCGACGAGCUGACCAGGCAUUACAGGAAACACACGGGCGUCAAACCCUUCAAGUGCGCAGACUGUGACCGCAGCUUCUCCCGCUCUGACCACCUCGCCCUGCACCGACGGAGACAUAUGCUGGUGUGA